UGUCAGAUCUUUCAGAGUGCACCAGGCUGGAACGAGCAGAGCUUCUUAGCAACUCUCUCCUCUCCCCCCGCCCCCCCAUUCUCGCGCUCUCUCCCUCCCUCAGAAAACUCGCCCCCCACCCUCCGCCCCCUCCACGUAAUUCCGAAAGAGCAGAAGAAAGAGAAGGAGAACAAGAAAAGAAGAGCUUUUAAGCGAGAGCCGGAGCCCAGAAAAAAAGGCUGAAGAGGACCGAAGGGGAGGAAAGAAAAAGGAUGGACAGCUACAAAACGCAGCGAUUGCGGAAAUUUUCCAGCGCCAUUGGCAUGGCAGCGUGAGUGUUUCGGUCCGGCUUGAUUUCAGCACCGGGGGUACUGGACAGCACCUCGGGGGGACUUCUGGGCGACCCGCAGCCUCGGCGAGAACUCCAUCAGUCGCCUCCACAAGAGAAGCCGCGGAAACCCCUGCUUUGUAUCAGAGAGGCAAGGAUGGUCGCUGUUACUUUGUGAUGAGAACGGGGAUGAAUUGCUCGCUUUAAAAAUGCUGCUUUGGAUUCUGUUGCUGGAGACGUCUCUUUGUUUUGCCGCUGGAAACGUUACAGGGGACGUUUGCAAAGAGAAGAUCUGUUCCUGCAAUGAGAUAGAAGGGGACCUACACGUAGACUGUGAAAAAAAGGGCUUUACAAGUCUGCAGCGUUUCACAGCCCCGACUUCCCAGUUCUACCAUCUAUUUCUGCAUGGCAAUUCCCUCACUCGACUUUUCCCUAAUGAGUUUGCUAACUUUUAUAAUGCUGUCAGUUUGCACAUGGAAAACAAUGGCUUGCAUGAAAUCGUUCCUGGAGCUUUUCUGGGGCUGCAGCUGGUGAAAAGGCUGCACAUCAACAACAACAAGAUAAAGUCUUUUCGAAAGCAGACUUUUCUGGGGCUGGACGAUCUGGAAUACCUCCAGGCUGAUUUUAAUUUAUUACGGGAUAUAGACCCAGGAGCCUUCCAGGACUUGAACAAGCUGGAGGUUCUCAUUUUAAAUGACAACCUGAUCAGCACCCUACCUGCCAACGUGUUCCAGUAUGUGCCCAUCACCCACCUCGACCUCCGGGGAAACAGGCUGAAAACGCUGCCCUAUGAGGAGGUCUUAGAGCAAAUUCCUGGCAUUGCUGAAAUCCUGCUAGAGGAUAACCCGUGGGACUGCACCUGUGAUCUGCUCUCCCUGAAAGAGUGGCUUGAAAACAUUCCCAAAAAUGCCCUGAUCGGCCGAGUGGUCUGUGAAGCCCCCACCAGACUGCAGGGGAAAGACCUUAAUGAAACCAGGGAGCAGGACUUGUGUCCUUUGAAAAACAGAGUUGAUUCUAGCCUCCCAGCGCCCCCUGCCCAAGAAGAGACCUUCGCUCCUGGCCCCCUGCCAACUCCUUUCAAGACAAAUGGGCAAGAGGAUCAUGCCACCCCAGGGUCUGCUCCAAAUGGAGGUACAAAAAUCCCAGGCAAUUGGCAGAUCAAAAUCAGACCCACGGCAGCUAUAGCCACAGGCAGCGCCAGAAACAAACCCCCAGCCAACGGUUUGCCCUGCCCUGGGGGCUGCAGCUGCGACCACAUCCCAGGGUCAGGUUUAAAGAUGAACUGCAACAACCGGAACGUGAGCAGCCUGGCUGAUUUAAAGCCCAAGCUCUCCAACGUGCAGGAGCUUUUCCUGCGAGAUAACAAGAUUCAUAGCAUCCGAAAAUCACACUUUGUGGAUUACAAGAAUCUCAUUCUUUUGGAUCUGGGCAACAAUAAUAUCGCCACCGUAGAGAACAACACUUUUAAGAACCUUUUGGAACUCAGGUGGCUGUACAUGGAUAGUAACUACCUGGACACGCUGUCCCGGGAGAAAUUCAUGGGGCUGCAAAACCUCGAGUACCUGAAUGUGGAGUAUAACGCGAUCCAGCUCAUUCUUCCUGGCACGUUCAAUGCUAUGCCCAAACUGAGGAUCCUCAUUCUUAACAACAACUUGCUGAGGUCCCUACCGGUGGAUGUGUUCGCUGGGGUCUCGCUCUCUAAGCUCAGCUUGCACAACAAUUACUUCAUGUACCUCCCGGUGGCAGGGGUGCUAGACCAAUUAACGUCCAUCAUCCAAAUAGACUUGCACGGAAACCCUUGGGAGUGCUCCUGCACCAUUGUGCCUUUUAAGCAAUGGGCAGAGCGCCUGGGUUCCGAAGUGCUGAUGAGCGACCUCAAGUGUGAGACGCCGGUGAACUUCUUUAGGAAGGAUUUCAUGCUCCUCUCUAAUGACGAGAUCUGCCCCCAGCUGUACGCGAGGAUCUCGCCCACGUUAACUUCUCACAGUAAAAACAGCACUGGGUUGGCGGAGACUGGGACGCACUCCAACUCCUACCUAGACACCAGCAGGGUGUCCAUCUCAGUGUUGGUCCCGGGACUGCUGCUGGUGUUCGUCACCUCCGCCUUCACGGUGGUGGGCAUGCUUGUGUUUAUCCUGAGGAAUCGAAAGCGCUCUAAGCGAAGGGACGCCAACUCCUCGGCGUCCGAAAUUAAUUCCCUGCAGACAGUCUGUGACUCUUCCUACUGGCACAAUGGGCCUUACAACGCAGAUGGGGCGCACAGAGUGUAUGACUGUGGCUCCCACUCACUCUCAGACUAAGACCCCAAGCUGGGUAAAACAGGGGCGCCAUAAGGCGAAGACCCCCCACUUCCCACCCCCGCCGGCCUCCCAGGGGUGGAGGAGCUGAAACGUAAGUCCCGCGCACCCCAAGGCUUGAUGGACCUAUGUAAAUGCAUCACUAUGAACUCGCUCCACUGAGAGGGUCUGACCCCUUAGCUCCCUUCUGGAAACAAAGAGCAGACUGUGCGCUGCCAGCUCGCUCUUUGCUGAGAGCUCCUUUGACACAGCCCAGCAGGGGCCCUGCUCCAAGAACUGACAGUGCCCUUGCUCUCAGCUGCAGGGCUGGUGGGGAUGGCUGCCAAGAUCCUAUACAUAUAUACAUAUACCUACAUCUAUAUAGAGAGAUAGCUAUCUAUUUUUCCCCUGUGGAUUAAUUAACCCCGCGAGGAAGGGGGGCGUGAUGGCUCCCUGUUGGCUGCGCAGGGAUGGGCAGUUGCACGAAGGCAUGAAUGUAUUGUAAAUAAAUAACUUUGACUUCAGACAAAAAAUAAAAAAUAAAAAGUGCUGCAUGGUUCGCAUGGAUUCCACGCACUCCAGGGACGCUGCCCUCCCCGGCGACUGGAGAAGACGUCAAGUUCACAGCACCCACCCUCUUACCUGAUAAGUCCCAUCGUAUCAAACUUUCUAUAAACAAAAUACAGUAUAAUCAGAAAGUGCCAUUUCGCCAUUAUUUGUGAUCGGUAGGCAGUUCAGAGCGUACGUUUACUGUGAAAAAAAUGUAAAGAUUUUAUUUAAGCUAUUUGCAUGACUAAUCAUCGGUCCAUUUUAUGAGUUAAAAUGUAUUUUGUUGAGCGAAGUUUUUAUGGGUUGUUUUGGGUUCUUUUAUUUUGAUGGUGAUGUUUUAUUUUAUUUUAAGGGGGAAUAUUUUUCUAUACAUAUCCAAUAAUGCCUUCCAUCUGAAUGUAAAAUAAGUACCCAUGAUUUCUAUUAUAGUAUCAGUGUAAUUAUUUAAAAAAAAAAUUUGAGGCAGUUAAGCAUGACCAAUUAAUGUCACUCUAGUGCUUAGGCUGCGAUCCUAUGGUAGCAAUUCUGUGCUGGUGUAAAUCUUACUUAUAAAGUAGGAAAAAAAGAACCGAGGAAGCACGUGAAACUUACUAAUUCUAUUCGAGGAUUUUAUAAUGGCAUAUUUUUUCAGUAUUAAAGUGAAAAUGUUUUCAACUCUGGGUCCUUACAUUUUUCCAGCCUUUUAUUUGCAACUAGUAAAUUGGAUUUGCGGUGGAAGGGACCCGGAAGGCGGAUGGUUGGGGGUGGAUCCCUUCUCGAGCUACAUUAAGGCUCUUUCUCUAAUCGCCUUACUUAGCUUUUACCCUUUACGUAGCUCCUCUCUCCUACCAGCCCCUCCCAAUUUAGGAGCUUUCCCUUGACGCUCAAGUACUGUCUUUCCCCCAACAUCCCAUCACCCCCUCCUUUCCUUCCUAAUGCGGCAGUGAAUCUCUCUAUUAAUACUGGAAACCCCUCGCUGCUGCUACUGCUGCUGCUGCACACUCUGCAGAUAUAUUAAGGAUUUUAGUAGAGAUUUGAUUUAAUUGACUGCCUAGAUCGGUCUCAUUAAACAGAGUGGAGAUUUCAUUGGUCAGCACUCUUCGAUGAAAGACAACCCUAAUGACUGGCAUUUGAGAUGCUGCUGGCAUUUUGAAUUCAACAUCUGCUGAAAACGGUAAAACUAAUUAGUGGCCACCCACCCUCCCCGCCCCAGCAACUGCAUAUUGAAAUUUGUUGAAGUACUCAUCUUUAUGGAAAUCAAUCAUUAUCUUAAAGAAGUGUUUUUCUCCCUUCAUCCGGAUGUCUGGUUGUAGCCCAGUAAUUAACAAGAAAAGCGUUGUACUGUUUGAAUUUUAUGAGUCAACCUAACUCUGGCCCCAGUCAUACUCCUCUGGGAUUUCUAAGCAAUCUAUUUUAUCAGCAGUUAGGGAACAAAAAAAAGCAAGCAAACUAGGCAAAUUGAUGAGGUCUGCAUUCCACCACAUAUCCACCUCUGAGAAGUGUGUUAAAAGACUGCAGACCAUAAAUUUAAGGGAAAAAAAAAAAAAAUAGAGGAUUGUAAAUCAUAUAAUGAAAGUCCCCAGAGCAGUUGCAAGAAGAUUUGCCUUCUAGAAUUCAUAUUCUUAAAAAAGUAAUUUCCCAGAACACCAGUGUUCUGGAGUAUGUAUUAUUUAUUUUAACGCUUUUUAAAUAAAAACUUUAUUAUAAACCA